UUCGACCCCACAAGACUUUUCUCUCACUACCUUAACCCCCCAAAAAUGGCAAAGUUUUAUAUAGCGCCCCCAACCCCGCCUAAACUUCUCCCCCUCCUUCACUAAGCGUAAUUGAUACUCAAACUGAUCUCCCUAUCAUCAAAUUGCGCUUCUCCACGCUGUAAUUCACAUCCCUUCUCAACAAUGCCGAUUCUUUGAAGCUGUAAAUUUACUCGACUGUAAUUAUAAAUCGCAGCUUACAAAUUGCUCCCCCGCCCCCUGAAUCGUCGUGUAGCGGGACACGAUUAUGAAAUGUGAGGUUGAUUUGAGCUGAGCGUUGGAGCACCCGGAGCUGGGUUUUCGAUUUUGAAUUCGCGAAGACAAACGACGACGUAUUCUCUGUGGGUUUGGGAAGGAGGGGAAGGUUUUGAGUGUGUGUAUUUGGAGGGUUGGUUAUGUAGAUUGGGUGAGGGAGGGUUUGGGAACCUGACAAUGGGAAGUCUUAGGAGCUCGGUGAUGGUGGAUAAGGAAGAGGAGCUCGUGAUGUUCAAUGAAAUGCGGAGGCGAGAGAAGGAACAGGACAAUCUUCUUCUUCUCCAGAAACCAGAUGACUUUGAUGAUCUUCUUGGUUCUAAGGAUCUGAAUUCUUCUUUUCUUAAUGACGGGGCAUACAUGCCCGCCCAAAAGACGGUUUCGGAUGAACUUCUAAAUUCUGAUAAUGAUAAAAACGACUAUGAUUGGUAAUUCCUUGGUGUUUGUCAUUGUUUGCCCAUAAUGUAUAUGAUCGUGGCUGUUUUUUGGUGGCUUAUAUCAUGUAUUGCUUGGGCAAAACAUAUAUUAUGUUUCAGGCUAAUAUCACCACCUGGCACUCCUCUUUUCCCUUCACUGGAGAUGGAGUCCCAGAAAACAGUGAUGAGUCAGUUGGGAACCUUGAAAGCACGACCAACUGCAUUGAAAUCCAGACUAGCAAAUCCGCCUGGACCCACAGUUGGGAACAACCUGACAUUGAGACAUCCACCCUCUUCAUCUCCAGGGUUGAACACUUCAAUACCGAGUUUUAGAAGACCUUCAUCUCCAGGUGGCUCUAGACCUUUAUCAUCCACUAACCGACCCACACAGACUACAUCAACUAAACCACAAUUGAACAACACAGUAUCCAAAACAUCAACUUCAACAAAGUCGUCCAGGGCUGUAACACCUACUCGUGGCCUGCCGUCACCUUCUACUAAGCCCAUGGUUAAUCCCAGAUCUUCUAUACCAACAAGGCAGCCCAUUCCCGGAUCAAAGCCCACUUCCAGGGCAGCAACUCCUACUCGACAGCCAUCUUCUUCUUCCAUAGCCUCCAAGUCUUCUACUGCUGCAAGUCCUGCUACAAAAAAAAAUGCACCACAAUCUGCUGGUUCUCCAUCUGUUAAACCAAAACCAUGGAAACCUUCAGAUAUUCCAGGUUUGUCUCUCAAUGCCCCAGCAAAUUUGAUGACAUCAAUACCACCAGAUAGGCCUCCUGUGAGUCGGGGAAGACCUGGUAUACCCGGACCCCGCUCAUCAUCUGUGGAGUCUGUUGGGAAUGGAAGGGUUAGAAGACAAUCAUGCUCGCCAGCAAGAGGGCGCCCUCCCAAUAGAACAAUAGCUAAUGGCAGUGGGAGCUCUGUACCUAUCCCAGCUAUGAGCCGAUUGCAUGCUAAAGCUAAUCACAAUGUGAGUCCGGUUUUGGUUGGAGCAAAGAUGGUUGAAAGAGUGGUCAACAUGAGGAAAUUGGUUCCGCCAAGACAAGAUGAAAAACAAUCCCCAAAUAGUAAUAUAUCUGCCAAGUCUUCAUCGCCCAAGAGCUUAGGAUUUGGGAGGAAUCUUUCAAAGAAGUCUUUGGAUAUGGCCAUAAGACACAUGGAUAUAAGACGAGCAGUUCCUAGCAAUCUAAGACCAUCGAUGGCCAAUAUUUCUGCUUCAUCUAGGCAUAGUUUGAGGACGGAGCCCAGCGGUACAAACAGGUCAGUGACCAUAUCUGGCUCACCUCACGCAAUGAGCAGCAAUGCUAGUUCUGAAGUGAGUGUUAACAAUGCACCUUGUCGUGAUGCAAAUGAAGUCGAUGGUGAUGAUAUUAGCAGCUAUAAAGUCGCUCAGUUUAGUGAUUCAAGGUAGGUGUGGUCACGCUUCUGCUAAAUGAACCAAUUAUGGGAGUGGAUCCAAAGUGGAUGUGUUGGUUAGAUGUAGUAAUUGGAACUUGAAAGGAAGCCUUUGUAUCAUAAUUUAUACAGAAACUGAGCUGUGGUACCUUUUAGUUCAUAUGAUUGUUGAAACUUUCGGUUUUUCUUCUGCAAAGCAAAGUGAAGUCGAAUGUGUGAGGUUGCUUCCUGCUUUUGGCACCUGCAAAAGAGGCUUUGAAAUUGAUGCUUAGAGUAUGUUUAUUAGUUGUCAGCUUUUCUCCAAAUGGUCUAAUUGACAUCCAAAUGGUAAUUUUUUAAUCAAUUUAAAAAAUUCGUUGAUGGCUUUACCGAUUCUCACUUUCAAGAAGUGCUACAAUAUAGGGCUUCUUGAUGGUUGAAUUGUCAUCCUAGUGUCAGUGGCAGCAGUGAUUGUUCCUUCUUUAUUAGGGCAUGCAAGAAGUGCUACAAUAAGGGGCUUCUUGAUUUUGAAGGUCCAUUAUUGUAAUUAUAAUCCAUAUAAUAUAUCAGAUGUUCUUUAUUUGAAUUUUUCCUAUUUAGUUAGCAAUCUUUCCUUGGUUAUCCCAAAAUACUUGGCCACUUUUCAUUUUUGGUAGUAAAUAAAAAUGCAAUGACAAAUUUAACCUUAUUGAAGUGUCAUUUCCCUGAAUAAUUCUUACACGCUCACAUGUCAUUUCCCUUUCACUUAUUGUCUUACACAACCUCCCUUUCUUUUACCAUCUCUCUUCCUUUCUCUAACCAUCUCUCCCCAUUGAAAACCCUAUUGCCAUGAAUUAUGGGGACAUGUUCACUGUCAUCCUUGAGACUCCACUAAUGGGAGAUGACACUAAGGCAUUUCCCGGUGACGAUAGUCUCCAAAGAGGAUGAAGGUAUUCACACGAAUUUGGCCGAAGAAGAGGACGGAAGAGCAAUCGGCGAUGUCAUAAGAGUGCAC